CAGUUCAAUUCCCGAAUCCAGACCUAUAAAGAAAGAAACCAAGCGACUCAAACAGAACAGAACCCAAACCCACCAGAGAGAGGCGUCUUAAUAAACGCUAACUCUGUUCUCUUCUUCUUCUUUCUAUCUCAAAUCUUUCUUGUUCUUCUCCUCAACUGCGAAUAUGAGAGAGUGCAUCUCCAUCCACAUUGGUCAAGCCGGCAUUCAGGUCGGAAAUGCUUGCUGGGAGCUUUAUUGCCUCGAGCAUGGCAUUCAGCCUGAUGGCCAGAUGCCAAGCGACAAGACCGUUGGUGGAGGAGACGAUGCUUUCAACACUUUCUUCAGCGAGACUGGUGCAGGAAAGCACGUACCUCGUGCAGUUUUUGUAGAUCUUGAGCCCACUGUCAUUGAUGAAGUUAGGACUGGCACAUACCGCCAACUAUUCCAUCCUGAGCAGCUCAUUAGCGGAAAGGAGGAUGCAGCAAACAACUUUGCUCGUGGCCACUAUACAAUUGGGAAAGAGAUUGUUGAUCUUUGCUUGGACCGUAUCAGAAAGCUUGCAGACAAUUGCACUGGUCUCCAAGGUUUUCUGGUGUUCAAUGCUGUGGGUGGUGGCACUGGCUCUGGUCUUGGUUCCCUUCUCUUGGAACGGCUUUCGGUGGACUAUGGCAAGAAAUCUAAACUCGGUUUCACUGUCUAUCCUUCGCCUCAAGUUUCAACCUCUGUUGUUGAACCCUACAACAGUGUCCUAUCCACUCAUUCCCUAUUGGAGCACACGGAUGUGGCUGUGUUGCUUGACAAUGAAGCCAUAUAUGAUAUUUGCAGGCGAUCCCUUGACAUUGAGCGACCCACCUACACUAACCUUAAUCGCUUAGUUUCUCAAGUGAUAUCAUCUCUGACUGCCUCUCUGAGGUUUGAUGGUGCCUUGAAUGUUGAUGUUACUGAAUUUCAGACUAACCUGGUACCAUAUCCUAGGAUUCACUUCAUGCUUUCAUCCUAUGCUCCUGUGAUUUCGGCUGAGAAGGCAUACCAUGAGCAACUGUCGGUUGCAGAAAUCACAAAUAGCGCAUUUGAGCCAUCCUCUAUGAUGGCUAAGUGUGACCCUCGCCACGGCAAAUAUAUGGCUUGCUGUUUGAUGUACAGAGGUGAUGUGGUCCCUAAAGAUGUUAACGCAGCUGUAGCUACUAUUAAGACCAAGCGCACUAUCCAAUUUGUUGACUGGUGUCCCACUGGAUUCAAGUGCGGUAUCAAUUAUCAGCCACCAACUGUUGUUCCAGGGGGCGAUCUUGCCAAGGUGCAGAGGGCAGUGUGCAUGAUCUCAAACUCCACCAGUGUUGCGGAGGUUUUCUCACGCAUUGACCACAAAUUUGACCUUAUGUAUGCCAAGAGGGCAUUUGUGCACUGGUAUGUUGGUGAGGGGAUGGAAGAGGGUGAAUUCUCCGAAGCCCGUGAGGAUCUUGCUGCCCUUGAGAAAGAUUAUGAAGAGGUCGGUGCUGAGGCCACAGAAGGUGACGAAGGCGAGGAUGGAGACGAGUAUUAGGAACUUUGCAUGUCAGUCUAACCUUUGUUGUUAUUUUUUGUACGUUGCCAUUAAUGUUUUAUUUUCUCUCGGUUGCCAUCUUGGUGUUGUUUGCAUGAAUGGCGGUUGUCCAUAUGGUGGAGCAUGCUCUGUUCCAGCACUAAACAACUUCAGUGAUAUGAUUGUGGCUCUUUUGUUGUGAAUUGAAAGGUUUAUGUUAUGCGCAGUAAUUGAUUGUCUUUGCGAUUG